AUGACCAUGAAUUCAAGACUUACUAUGGACAAAUCGAAUCUCAAGCUUCUCACUCUCGCUAUCAUCCCGAUAUUUAUUUCAACUGUCUUUGCUUUGAACGUACCAUCACUCAACGUACCGGCUUGUCCAGCGAAGGCACAUCUAGAGUACAAUAAAUCAGUACCGGACAAAAAUCCAUUUCCACUCACUACUGUUGAUCUAUGCUAUGGAACUUCUACACUUGAAUUAGUCUUUACUGCUUAUAACGAAACAAGUUUUUAUUAUAAUCGUACGCAAGGUACCAACGAUAACAUUUAUGAAUACGAAGUGAUGGAAGCAUUCAUUUUUCGUGGUACAGAAGAUCCACAGACGUACCUAGAAAUAGAAGUGAAUCCAGGAAACGUUACAUUCCAAUCAAUAAUCUAUAACCCAAGUAAAACAGCAGACCCAAAUAAACCAUUCGAGAAUCUAUUCUUUAAAAACCCAAAAGAAGAUGGAUUAAUUUCCAAAACUCAAAUAAACCGAUCACUACAUCAAUGGAAAAGUGAAUUUGUGGUUCCACUAAGUAUUUUUAAUCUUCAGGAUGGAGAUGGGAAAGGUACUGAAUGGAGGAUGAAUUUUUUUCGUACGGUUACUGAUUCUGGUUUGUUUCCUGGGCAAGUUUUGGGAGCUUGGAGUGUGCCUUAUUUGCCUCGGUUUCAUGUUACUUCUUACUUUGGUCAUGUUAAAUUUGUUUGA